CGUUCCCAUUGUGAUGGGUGAAGUGACAAACCAGUCCAGCCACUACACUUACCUUGUUGAGGAUGCUGAUCAUCCGAUUGCAAUUGAGGUUGAAGGCAAAGUUGAGGAUGCUAGUAAUGCUGGUAAUGAUGGAACCAGUCAUGAAAUUCCUUCAUCUUCAACUGGUCACAAUGAUCUUGGUCCUAAGGAUUCAUUAAGCUCAGAUGAUGAUAUCAGCUACAUUUCAACAAGUGAAGAGGAUGGAAGUGAAGUUGAACACGCUAAGAGAAGGAAGGGUGUACACAAAGUUUUCAAAGGAACAGAUGAUGGCAAUUGGGAUGAUUUGAACGUGGAGUUGACUUGUGUCCAGUGUAGGAUUAUUAAAAAGACGCUGAGAAAAACUUUUGAAGGAGAUCAUUCAUUGGAAUAUAGCAAGCUUUUUGACUAUGCUGCAAAACUGAGAACAAGAAAUCCAAGAGCCACUAUUUCGAUUUAUGCACUGAGGCCACUACCUGAACUCAACCCUAUUUUCUUGAGGAUGUAUGUGUGUUUUAGUGCAAUGAAAAAGGGAUUUAUUGCUCGAUGUAUGAGAGGCAUUGGUUUAGAUGGAGCUUUUCUCAAAGGACCACACAAAGGGGAAUUACUUACUGCUAUCGGUAGAGAUGUGAAUUACCAAAUGUACCCAAUUACAUGGGGUAUAGUGGAAGUUGAAAAGGAAGAAAGUUGGUCGUGGUUUUUGGAAGAACUUAAAUAUGAUUUGCAAAUAGGAGAUGGUGAUGGUUAUGCUAUAAUAUCUAAUCAACAAAAGACCUCUUUCCAAAUGCAGAACACAAACAUUGUCCUAAUAGAGUUAGGCAAAUUGAAGCCUGCAGUAAGGGAUGACAUAAUGAAUGUAGAUCCUAAGCAUUGGAGCAGAGCUUUUUUCAAAGUUGAAAUUAAGUCAUUUGUGGUCGACCAUAACAUGUGUGAGGUGUUUAAUGCCUUACUUGUUGAUGCAAGACACCAAGCAAUAAUUUCUAUGAAUCAAGAAAUGAGAGCUAUGUGUGCAGCAAGAAUUGUUGUUAGGAGAGAGUUUGGAUCUGCUAAGUUUGUGGGAGCUUUGGCCCUAAGAUAUGGACUAAGAUUGUACGAAAUAGGGAAAGUAGUAAGAAAUGCAAAGUCUUAUGGCCUGGUGGAGUUGGUUAUGAAGUAUUGGGAUAUAUCUGGGAUUUCUUGUAGAGAUGCCAUGACUGUAUUGAGUUUAAAAAAACUGAGAGUUGAAGAAUAUGUUUCGGAUUGGUACAAGUUGUCAAGAUUUAGGGCCUCUUAUGCAUAUGAGGUACCAGUUGUUGAAGGCAUGAAUCAAUGGACACCAACAGGGAUGCCAGUCAUACAGCCACCUGCACCACGGAAGAUACCUGGCAAGCCUAAGAAAAGAAAUCUUGAAGAAUGGGAAGGAAAGAAAAAAUUGGGAAGACAAAGAAGACAAAUGACCCGCCAGAAAUGCUUCCAAAAAUGUCACAAGUGCCCCAAACGGAGAAUGAACCAUUUGUGGAGCAACCAUCCACUGUUGAGAACAACCAGCAAUGCCCUACUGAGGAGUAGCCACCCCAUGGAGAAGACAACUAGCCACGAAUUGUUGAGCAAGAACUAAGGAAUUCCCGCUGUAGCUUUAACGCCUGCACCAACAGCACCUGCACCAACAGCACCUGCACCAACAGCACCUGCACCAACAAUACCUACACCAAUGGCACCUUCAUCUAGAAUAGCAACAACUCCCUUAGGAAGCAGUAGCAAUUUGUUAUUGCCACUAACUUGCAUGCACUAUUAUGGGAAAAAAGAAGGCAACAGGAAAAAGCACUUGGUCGUUGGGCGGAGUUAUUGACUAAAAUUUACACAGAUAAAUAGUCCAAUAUUUAGACUGUCAAGUUCUUUUAUGUUGUUUGCAUGGAUGCUUCUUUUUUGGACAGUUUAGGGUGUGUAUUGCCUUUAGUAUUGCAUGGAUGCUUGUUUUUGGACAGCCACCCCUAUUGAGUGUAAAGUUUUUUGUUGUGUGCUUAGGGUGUGCUUCUGUUUUCGACAGAUUAGUCUGCAGUACAUAGAGUGGUAUUGCAUGGUAUUGCAUUUGGUAUUGCAUGGACACUUGUUUUGUACAAAUAUGGGAGUUUAGGUUGUUUGUUGUAUUUGGCAAGGAAUUUGGUAUAAUGUGCUUUUAUUUUGGACUUGGACAACAUAUAUUUUGUAAUUUACUAUUUAUGCAUUGUAAUUUUUGUAUUGGGAUUAAUGAAAUGCAUAUAUUGAC